AGUGCCAAAAGGUCUUUUUCUGAGCUCGAUUUCAAAAGGGCUUUUACGCGGAAACGAUGAUUUUGGCUUUCUUUCUUGAAUUACUCACUCUUGUCUCCAUUUCUCUUCCUCAAUUCUGAUGAUAUAAAUACAGUAUGAGGUUUCCAUUGUUGAUCCAAUCCCGUUCUCCGACGCUUAACGAACGCCAAACCCUAAAUCACCCGCAUCUCAAGGUUCGAUGGAAGCUUUCAUGGCAAUCCGCUGUCGAUUGAGACGAUCCGAACCUUCUAUCAUGCUCCUCUUGCAUUGUUCGAUUCUUCUCAGCUCGAUCCCUGAAAUGAUAUCAGCAGCGAAUGUUACACUUGAUUCCAUUCAAAUAUUCCAGACUCAUGAGCUGACCGGUCACGACCCGACUGUUUAUUUUCAGUGUAAAGAUGAAGAGAAGAUAAUUUUGUCUGAUGUGAAGGACAAAAACACUCCGUAUAGCAAUUUUACCGAGCCUAUGACACAAUUCAUAGAUGAGAAAUGCAAGCAAUGCGGAUUCUAUGAGGAAGACACAUUUGACGGAGAUGAGACGUUUGACAAGUGGGAAUUUUGCCCUUCUAACUUUACAAGUGCUGGUGGAAAAUACACACAUUUCAAGGAAAAUGAGGUCAGCGCAACAUUUUCGUGUCCAGAUUGCGUCACUCUUGUAGGCAGUGAUGCCGCACCACCAGCCAACUCUUUUUCCCGAAACGAGAAACAGGGGUUGAACUGGAUAGUAGCACUGCCGGUUGCAAUUUUGGUCUUGGCAUUUUCAAUUCUUGGUGGAUAACACAAUGGCUUACAAGCAUUGCCAGAAGAGCAAAGGACCAAGCAGGAAUUCUCAAACUAUUUCGGUGAUGAGUGUUGUAUUUUUCCAUAUUUGCCUUUUUUUCCCGUCUUGAUUCGCUUUGUGUGUUCAACUUUUUAUCCUU